AAGGCGAACGGCCGCCGUAGACGUGACGGAUCGCCGCCGAUCGGACGGGUUUCUCUGUAAACUGUUUUGGCAACACUGGCACUUUUAUGGGAUGACGGAUAUUCCGUGGUAGCGGCGGCGGUGUGGCGGUGUGGCGGCGGCGGCAGCAGCAGGUUUAUCCUUUCGUGCGUCGUCGUCGUCGUCGUCGUUUGCAAAACAAUAAAAUGGCCGUUCGAUUUUUGUUGUUUGUGUACACACGCACACGGGCGCGCACACGUGUGGCGGGGGGAGGGGCGCCGGGAGCGCGCGCGCACACACACACACACACACGCGCGCACAGACACGGGGGGGGAGGCGCGCGCGCACGCUGGUAGGUAACGACUAUACUACGGCGCCGCGCGCGAUAGCGAUAGCGCACGCACGCACGCACACACACACACACGCACCGUCGCACAAGACUCGUACACACACACACACACACACACACACGCUCAUCAUCAAUUAUGUGGCCGUGCCGCCGACGACGGAUAAUGUGUAGUAGUGCCCGAAAUACGUAUCGCGCGUCGUUGUGUUUAUUGUGAAUAUCAUGUUAUGUUGUUGUUAUCGGCCACACUAAUUGCCGUCCGUGUAUCGUUGUGCGACGGCGAUGUUAUUGUCCGAACUACCGCGACAUUAGUGCCGCGCGCCGCCAUCGAAUUAUCGCGACCGCCGUCGUCGUCGUCGUCGUCGUCGUCGUUGUUGUUAUUAUUACUAUUAUUAUUAUUAUUAUUAUGUAACGGAAUCGGAUCGCCGGACACUUAUGCUGGCGUUGUGCGAAAGACGGUAAGGGUGUAAAGUGUUAUAAUAACGAUAACAACAGUAAUAAUAAUAAUAGGUAUCACCUAAAAAACCGAGCGAAAAACAAACGUAAUAUUAUUUGCAUCGACAACAACAACAACAACAAGUAACUGACAGAAUUCAACGAGAAAAAUAAAUCCGAAUAAAAUUCGAUUCUAGGUGGCUAAAGCGUAAUUGAAUGUAUGGUGUGUGCUGCAGACUGGAAGGCACCGUGGAUUCUAUACCACAGGGCCUAUUAGACGGCCGCCCUGCCAGUUCAGUGCUUCUCACUCAUCAUCAGUAUCAACAAUUACAACAUAUACAAGCACAACAAGAACAAGCUGCUGCAGGAGGAUUAACAUUAACACUUCAUCAUCAAACUACAGGUACAGGAAAUAAUGGUGUACUUGCAGGAGGACCUCAACUAGUUCUUGCAAGUUCUCAGGGACAAGGAAUAACAACUUUCCCAACUGUGACCACACAACAAGCUGCAACAUUACAUCAACAUACAAGUUUUCAACAAGUGCUACAUCAACAUGUUCAGCACUCAAACAUUCUUCACUCAACAAGCAUACGACAGAUGGGUGCCCAACAGCACACAUCUGGUACAAUGGUUCAACAACAACAGGCUACAGCGAUACUGGAUACAAACACAAAAUGUAUACCACAAUCACCUUCAUCACCAUUCUCUUCUCGAUCACUUACCCCCUCUCCUCAACAGAGGGUUAUUACACCCCAACCACAAGUUAUCCAUCAGAUGAUGAGCACUAAUGGGCCGGUUUUACAAUUUAUUCAAUCAAAUAGUCGAAAUAAUGUAAAUAAUGUUCAAGUAAAAAAUAAACCGCCCCAAAUAUUACCUAAACCUAAUAAUCAUGUACAGAACCAUGCUAGUAUUAACAGCAUUAAGUCGCAACAAACACAUCAUUCAACCUCAAUACAUAGUCAACAACAAGGUGCUUUCUUGAUAAACCAAAUUAUGCCAACUGCUGGUGUAAUAGUUGGUCCACAAACAACUAGUGGCCUUCAGCUUUUUCUUAGAUCCCCUAAUACUCAAAACCAUAAUACCCAACAAGCUCAAGUCACUUGCAAUGGUACUCAAAUUUUACUUCAACAGCCUAGGCAACAGUCAAACCAGGUUGUGAGGUUGGUAAGUGGCCAAAGUGUUCAACUACAGCAAAUUCAAACAUGUUCUGGUCCAGCAUUAGUUGCAUUAUCACCUCAAUCCACUAUCACACAAUCAUCAAAUAAUAGGUCAAUGAAUAUUAAAAAAAAGAAACCAAAAAUGCAUUCAAGGCCACAAGAUGAUGAACCUGUACGAUUAGACCUUGCAAAUCUAAUUAAAUUGUCUGGUAUUGAUGAAGAAGAAUCUGGUACACCUAUAAUGCAACAAAAUCAAUUAAAUCAAAAUAAUAGAAUACAACAAACUCCAACCCCCCCUCCACAAUCUCAUCAACAAUCUGCACCUUUAUUAGCUCAAUUGCAAACUCCUACUUCCUCAUCUCAGGGAGGUUUUCGUUUGUCUUUAGUAGAAGAUGGACGUAUGAUUGUACAUCAACCACAGAUUACAACAAAUACGCUGACUCAGAAUGUUUCUGCAAGUGUUGCUGCUGCAGCUCAAACACAGUUAGCUCAGUUAGUUGCCGAUCAUGGUGGACACAUACUUCAAAAUGCUGUUCUGAGUGUGGCUGGUGCUGAAUCAUUACUUCUUAAAGGAGGAAAUACAACGUUACCCACCCAACCACAAAAUGGCUCCGGCGUGCGUAUUUUGGCAGAUGUUUCUGGUCGACUUCAAAUUGUAACUGUGUUAGAACCCCAAUCAUUACAACAAAAUAUUAUUAAUGGCCAACAUUUGAUGUUCCCCACUGCUGGUACUCCUGUAAGUGUUGAAAAUCGACAAAAUCAUCAGCAAUUUGUCAUGUCAACACCUGUUGAAGAUCAAAAUAAAGUUAUGCAGCAAAAUAAUAGUAUUAGAGUUAUGCAUAGCAGUAGUACAAUGGUGUCAAGUUUAGACCAUCAACAAAGUAGUAGUAUUCAACUUGUUUCUAACAUGAUGGAUAGUCGACUGUUAGUAGCAUCUAAUAAUGAUUCUUCAAGAAAUAAUGAUAUUUUAUUUAAUGAAGAACAAAACCGAGUGCAAAUAGUAACCAAUUCUACAUUAAAUAAAAAUGUAGAAUUACAAAAUCAAACUCCAAUAAUUCAUACUUCAGAAAGAGUAAUGCAAACUUCAAUAUCAAGGUCUAAAACCGUACCAGUAUCUUCCCAUAGUCCUAGAAGUAUUCAAUCUGUGAUAAGUCCUCAAUGUAGCCCUGCUAUGUCUCAUAGCUCUAGAAGUAAUUCUAAGAGUCCUGCCUCAUAUAAUUCUCCUAUACCAUCACCAAAUGUUUCUCAGUCAUUUACACCUAUGUUGCCAAAUCGACCAAAUUUAACCAUUGUAACAUCACCACAGCAAAGUAACAUGCAGUUUUCAAAACCAUGUGCUGCCGUUAUAUCACAAUCAAAUGAUAAUCACACAACAUUGUCUAAUUAUCAAACAUCUGUUAUUAAUAGAACAAAUAACAGAAGUCCAUUAGCAGUUCCAUCAAAAAUAUUCAGGCCAAAUAGUCCACCUAAAGCUUCUGUUCCACUAGAAGUUCAAUCCCAAAAUGCAUUUUUAGAUAGUAUUGCCCAAUCUCAUCCAAAUAUAUUGAUUAAUAAAACUAUGGUUGUUCCACCAUGUGCUAAUAAAGCACCUAUUAAACCAAGAAAAGUAAAAAGAGCUGCUGUCGUGAAACCAAUGGUAUUUCAAUGUGAUGAAAAAGAGAAAGAACAUCAUGAUACACCAGUUCCAUUGAAUUCUCCUGAGAGUAGUAUUUCAAAUCAAAGGGUAAAAACUAUACAACUUACGCCACAAAAACAACAGUUAUUAAAAGCAGUUCAAAAUCAAAUAUCAGCUCUAAGUGCAAAAAAAUACCGUACUAGUAGUGAGCAAACUGCUUUACAAAGAUUGUUUAAUGAGCAACAAAAAAUUUUACAAUGUGGCAAAAUUGUUCCUACUGUUUCUGGACAAAAUUCACAAGGAAUUACCUAUGUAUCUACACCUGUAAGAUUAGUGCCUCCACCUUGUCCUAUGGCAUCAAGUCCACCUCAUACCUUGUCACCUCCUCUUACGGUUCAAACAUCAACUACUGCGUCUCCUCCCACUAGUAAUAAAUCAACGUCUCCCUUACAUGUACAAGUUGGAACUCAAACAUCUUGUGAACCUUCUCCAACUCUUCCUGCCUUCAGUGCUUCAAAACGAAUAUCAUUAAUUUCUGAGCGGAUAGCAGCUGAUCAAGCUGGCGCAACUAAUCCUGAUGUUGUGACGCCUUUUAGUUCAGCAAGUGAUGCUGUAAAACGAUUAUCAAGGUAUCAUUGCUUAAAUGAAGCCGUAUUAUCAGAAAGAGAUUUGGAGUUGGCUGAUGAAAUAUUUGAGUCAACUGCCAAACAGAUGUUAGAUAAAAAAGCGUCAUUAUUUAAUAAAUAUCGUUAUCUAUUAUUUAAAGAAAGCAUGAGGGAAGUACAAACAUCUGAAUUAAUUAUGUUGGGGCGAAGAUUUGAUGCUGACGAGUCUGCACAAUUACAACAGUUAAAACAAAAUUUGAAUACAAAUUCAGUUAAUACUUCUACGAGUUGUAAUGAUGAAUCUAUAUCUAAAAAACGUGAACACCAACUGGAGGAUGAGCAGUCUACAUCAGAAAGCAAACGUCAUUGCCCUGAUGAUGAAGAAAUAAAUGCACAGGUGCAAAGCGCCAUAGACAGUAUUUUGAAUUUGCAACGCAGUGAUCCGGCAACAGAUGAAGCGGUGCGCAGCAUUUUACCGUCCUAGCAUACUGGUCAUAGGAAAUGUUUGACCACGGCGUGAACAUAAAAAUAUUGGUUCCUCAGUGUACGGAUUUCCUAAACGCGAUUAUGGUAAUAUUUGACUGUGUUAAUUUAAUGUUUUCCUUUCUUUUUUAUAUAGAUAUUUUUCUUUAAAAUACCAUACACUUAAUUAAACAAACGUUUAAGAAAAAAUAUGUUAAGAUAGAAAUUUAAGAUAGUAUAAGGAUGGGCUUCAAUAAUUCUUUAACAGAUUUGAAAACCUAAGUAUAUUCUUCCUGACAAUUAUUUUGAUGUUACCAAAUUUUUAAUUUAAACAAUUUUCUUUAUCUAGUCUACAAACAAGUUUUUGCAUCACAUGUGUUGUUAUGGAUUAUACUUUUCAUUUUUUAAAGUUAAAGUAAUUAAAAAUAUGCAACUAAUGAACUUUACAUUAGUUAGAUUUAUUUAUUUUUAUUUUUACCCAACUAUUGGGUUUAAAUUUAUUGCCACAUAUUUUGUUGUAUUACUUCAUAAAUUUCCGUCUCCUUCAUUUUUUUUCAUUAUAUUAUUAUAAAUUAUUGAAAAUCACAUUUUUAAAAAAUAGUAAAUAUUCCAAGGAAUAUUUAAUUGUGUAUAUCCAAUUUCAUAAAAACAAAAUGAGAUCAAUUACACAUAACAGUUAUUAAGAUUUAAUCUUAUAUUUUUUUUUCAAUUUAAGUGCAUUUUAUAUUAACUCAAGAGAUAUUAAAUAUAAUUUUACUAAGGUUCUUAUAAUAAUUUAUAUAAGAUAUAUAUUGAGUGAUUGCAAGCUUACUCACUCCUUAUUUUUAUAUUUAGUUAUGAAUUUUUCCAAGUUGUGAUUUUGAUUUUUAAGUACACUAAGUAAAUUUGUAUACAAUUUAAAAAAUGUCCUGCACCAAUACAGACUCCUUUUUUUCAGUAGAUAAAAGCUUUUAAGCAAAUGAUUUUAUAGAAAAUUCUAAUCUAGUUAAAUCAAAAUAUGAAUAAGUACUUAAUAUGUUAUUAAAAAAUAUAUAUAUUAAGUCAUUUUUAUUCUCUAAAGCUUUUAUUAAGUUUAAAAUAUUGAUAGAUUAAUAUUAAUAUUAUUUUCAAAUCAUCUUAUAAUUUAAAUCUUUUAUUGUUAGUUUAUUGAACUAGUCAUUUCCUCAAAAGCUAUUUAAAAUUUGAUUUUGGUUUUUACUAUUUUUUUUUUUUUUUUAAUUUACUGGAUUAAGUGAUCAGAUUUGAAAAGAAAAGUUGAUAUCAUCACGGGACAUUCCUUUAAUAGUAUACAAGUAUACAAAAUAUUUAAAAAAAUAUAUAUUAUUAAGUUUAUUUUAAAAUUCCAAAAAUCAGAAUUUUUAAUAAUUUAUAAUUAAAUUUAUAAAAAAUGGGGAGUUGCAUGCUUGGUGAAUUACCUUGUAUAUUAAAUGUUUAUGUAUUUUUAUUCUUACCAUACAUUUAUUUCUUGUUAUUAAUUGUAACUAAACAGUAUUUUUUAAUAAUAAUAAUUCAGAUAUUUUUGUACUAUUUAAUACAUUUUUGGAAUUCAUAAUAGAUUACCUUAAAUGCAUUCUGUUACUUAUCUUGUUAGUUUAUUUUUAUCAUGUAGUCAAUGUCAAAUAUUAUUUGCAGUAUAAAAUAAAAUGAUCUACCUCACAUGAUUUUAACAUCAAGGUCAAAAAUAUUAUUAAGUUUCCAAUCACCCAAAACUGUUUUAUUUUAAAAUGUAAAUUUAUACAAAAUUAUAUUCAAGUGGUUAUUUCUUGCUAGAGUCGUCUCUCAUUUUUUUUUUACAUAUAUCUUGUUAUAAAGAUAAAUCAAGUAUUACAAUGAAUUAUUCAAUAAACACAAUUUUGUUAUACAGUUUCACCAUAGUAUUAUUAUUAUUUUUUUGUGUAUUACCUUGAUAGUAAAUAAUUAGAAGUUAGGUACCAUGGCUUGUCAUAUGCAAAUUUAUUUAUAUUGAAGUGAUUAUUAAUAUCAAAGUAGUACUAAAAACAUAAUCCUUUUUUUAUAAUAUAGUUUAUUUCAAAUAAUUUAUUAGUGUGUUGUUCGUAUUAUGAAACAUCAGCAGUCAUGUGCUACCUAUCUAUUUAAAACAUCUAAUUUAACUUUGAUAUUCAUGAUAUUCAUUGAAAAUAAUCUUCUUUAUUGGCUUUUAAUAAAAAAAACUUUUGUCAAGUCGACAAAUGUUUAUUACUGUAAUGUACUUUUGAGUAGAUAAAAUCUGGGUAUAAUAUAAGUGAAUCAUUUUAUACUAAAUAAAUUAAAUAAGACUUAUUCUUUGACGUCUAAUGAUUUUUAAAAAAAAUUGUGAAACUAAAAGUAUAUCUGUCUUUCAUUCUUCCACUUCGAGGUAGUUAGCUUUUGUGUAUUAAAAAAUUAAUCUACUUUCAAAUUGACUUAAUGGUAUGAAGUUUAAUUUAGUAGCCCACCAUGGAAUUAAAUUUUAUAAGUCAAGUUCUGUACAAUUUUUCUAAACAAUUAUUAGAUGGUUUAAUGUAAUCUAUUCAGUUUUAGAGUAAAAACUAGUAUGUUGGAAAAUUUUUAAGGUAAUUAUUCUAUACAUGAUAACAUAUGAAAUGUCCCAAUUUACAUUAAAUUUGUGAUAAAAAUAGUAAUAAAUUUAAUUUUAGGAUUUUAUAAAGUAAAUUUAUUUUAAAAUGAUAUAAUUACAUUGAAGAUUUGUUUAUCAUAAGAAAUAUUAAGAAAAAUACUGUUUUAUAACAAUGUUAAACAUUUCAUUCAAAUUUUUAAAAUUAGAUAUAUAUGAAAACUGCUCAUAGUUAUAAUACUGAAUUAAAUUUGUUAUGUAGAUAAGAAAAUGAUCAUAAUUAAUUUUAAUUUGGUUAACAUUAUUUUUAUUCAAACUUAUAAUUUUUUGUAAUUCAGGUAAAUAAUUCAAAACGUUUUCAGCCCAUCCUUACUACUUUUUUUGCACAAAAGUCACAUAUUUGAAAUAUUAAAAGUUUUAUUAUUUUAAAGCAUCACUCAAUUGACUUGAAUAACAAAAAUUCACUUGACACCUAAUUAGGUACCUAUUUUAUAGUUGUAAACAUGAACCCUAUUAAUUUUCUUUUUUUUUUGUAUUUAAUUUAUGAUUUAUUUCUUCUGGCAACUAUCCUCGCUUUAGUUUUAGAUUUUAAAUAUUUAAAUGUACCUCACCUUAACUGGCAUUAGUUUCAAUUUAAAAAUUGUCAUUGGCCAAUUAUAAUUUGAAUUAGAAAAAUAUUUUGGCCCAUGUUAAUGAUUGAAAGUUUAAUGUAAAACCUUAAAUAAACUGUUAAUUAUUUCCCUAAAUAUAAUAGCAAUAAGGGAUAUGUUGAAAGUAUAUCUCAUUAUUACCAACAAUCAACAUUAAUUGUAGGCCAAAAUAUUUUUCUAUUAUGCAUUUCCCAAUUGUUUAGUUACCAAAAGCAUUUAUAAUUUAAAAAAAUAAAUUUUAGUUUUUCUUUUGUGCAAAGUAUUAUAUUUUUGCCAAAUGUAUUGCCGUUAUAUUAAAAAAUGUAUAAUGUACUUUCGUUUCUGUUAUGUGAACGAAAAAUUUUUCCACAGGGUAAUUUUAAACCUAUAAUAAAUUUUUAAAUAUUUAUUCACUUUAGUCAAGUGUACUUAAAUAUAAACUAAUGUAACUCACUUAACGAGUAGUAUUUUAUAAUAUGCACGUAAGUUUUUUUUCUACGUGUCUUGUAUAAGAUCUCAAAAGCACAAAUCUAUAGAAUUUGGGCAAAAAUCUAUAUUCUAGAUAAACAUUUUUCAUUUUGCCAUUAAUUAUAUAUUUAUAUAUAUAUUAAGUACAUAUAUAUACAUAUAUUUUUAUUUAAUUUAUUUUAAAGUUACUUUAUAUGUAUAAUUGUUUAGUUUAAGUGUGUAUAUGUAAAUUAUUAUUGUGCUUAAAAUGAUGUUUUGUUGUGUAUAUAAUUAUUUAAAAAAUAAACUGUGAAUUAUUGUAAUAA